GAGCGCGCUUGCCAAAUUGAUGACCACCAAGCGAACUGACCGUGCCGCAGGGGCUUGUUGAGGAAAAGCUGGCAGUAUUGCGCCAAAGUACUAAAAGACGGCUUCAAAUGCUGACGCCAAACCAAAAUCCGCCCUUCACAUAAGACGAACGCCCUGGCAAUGGAUUUCCAAGAAGCGCAAGGCCGACUACUGGCGUCCUUUGACGAAGUCUCCCAUGUCUUCCAUAAAGUGCCCGGCAGUGCAAUCCUAAGCCGAUACAUCCAGACCAGCUACCAGAACGACCCUGUACGAUCCAUUCUCGAGGUCUUUUUGGUGAUAUUUUUCAUCCGGUAUCUACUUUCGCCCUCGUAUCCCACCCACGGCCCCAACUACGUUAAACUCAGAGAAGAGGAGAUCGAUGAGCUGGUCCAGGACUGGGAACCCGAGCCAUUGGUGCCCCGCCAGACCCCCUUCGAAGAGGCAGAGGCGGAUAAGCUGCCAGUGAUUGUUGGACCGACGGGCCCGAAAUCGAAACUCUCCAAUGGCAAAACGGUCACGAAUCUCGCCUCGUACAACUUCUACAAUUUCAACGCGAAUGAACAGAUCAAGGAGAAGGCCAUUCAGACGUUGCGCACCUACGGUGUUGGACCUUGUGGUCCUCCGCAAUUCUACGGUACCCAAGAUGUCCACAUGAAGACCGAGGCAGACAUCGCUGCAUACCUGGGCACCCAAGGAUGCAUCGUCUACGCGCAGGCCUUCUCCACGAUUUCCAGUGUCAUCCCGGCUUUCUGCAAGCGUGGAGACAUCAUCAUUGCUGAUAAGAUGGUCAACUACUCCAUUCGCAAGGGACUGGAAAUCUCCCGAAGCAACAUCAAAUGGUUCAAUCACAAUGAUAUGGAAGAUCUCGAGCGUGUCAUGCAGAAGGUCGUCAAAGAGCAGGCAAAGAAGAAGCUGACGCGAAGGUUCAUUGUCACGGAAGGACUCUUCGAGAUGGUUGGUGACAGCGUCGAUCUCCCCAAGCUUGUCGAACUAAAGGAGAAAUACAAGUUCCGCAUCGUUUUGGAUGAGACGUGGUCGUUUGGCGUGCUUGGCCGUACAGGACGAGGACUCACCGAGGCCCAGAAUGUUGAUUCGUCACAAAUAGACAUGAUCGUCGGCUCUCUUGCAGGACCACUCUGCGCAGGAGGAGGCUUUUGCUGCGGUACACGAGAUGUUGUAGAGCACCAGCGCAUUUCCGCAGCUUCCUACACGUUCUCAGCAGCCUUACCAGCUAUGCUGGCAGUUACCGCAAGCGAAACCUUGAAUGUCCUUCAGUCGAACCCCGAGAUCUUGACGCAAUGCCGCGAGAACAUCAAGACAAUGCGGGCACAACUGGAUCCCCGCAGUGACUGGGUCGUCUGCACCAGCUCACCUGAGAACCCAGUCAUGCUUUUGGUUCUCAAGCCCGAUGUUGUACGAGUGAGGGAGCUGACCUAUGAAGACCAGGAACGUAUCCUACAAGAAUGUGUCGAAGAGACACUUAACAACGGUGUCCUUGUCACUCGAUUAAAGAGUCUCCCGACAAUCCAGAGCAUUGGUGCUCCUCGUGAUGAAACGUCGAAUAUCCAGCCAGCGUUGAAGGUCUGUAUUACCUCAGGUCUGUCCAAAAAGGAGAUUGAAAAGGCUGGAGUUGUCAUUCGACAUGCCAUCACCAAGGUCAUGACAAGAAAGCCAAACAGGCAAGCAUCGGUUGCUUAGACAAUGCCCGAGUGUACCCCUGUUAAGAGCCACCGACCAAUAGCUGUCUAUGCGGUCUCAAGCUCUAAGAUGACAUGAGUAGAUAUGGGUUAUUCAUGAGGAUUUAGGAACGGGACACAAGACGGGUCCAUACCAUGAUAAUAAUUAAUCAAUAGAUAGCAUUGAAUGCAAGACGAUUCGGACUACUGGUUGUGAUCAAGAGGGUGGACUAAAUAUGGGGAUUUACUCCCUUGAAAUGUUUCGGCAGCCACGCUGGAUCGCACCUUCCGAACGAGGACUAUGGAUUUCCGAGGCCAGCAACGGAGGGAGACCAUGGAGCUGAGCCACGAACAUAUUUGCCCCGUCGACCACAUCCUCCAUUACUCGUAACCGACUAAUUGUGAAGAUAACUGAAG